GUUAAUCAAUCAUGUACCUCCUACCCGGUCAGCAGCAUAUCUUCAAAUGGCAAUUCCCAUAAAAUUAAUUACAAGUGUAUGGUUUUCUGCAAUGCUUACGAAAAUAAAUUCCUUAUUUGAGACAACAUAAACAAGAAUUUAUCAUACGGUGGAUGUCGAUGUGAUGUCACGCAAAACAAUAUUAUUUUGCACGUCGUCGGGCUGUAUUAAAUUUAUACAUGUAUAAGCAAAAAUUACUGCAAAUACUUAAAUCAAUCGUCCUCUACAUUGAAUUGUAUUUGUAUAUAUACAUAACUUAAAUUGUAUCAUCUGUGCUAGAUAACAAUAAAAUCUUGGGCAUUUUAUUGCACAUAUUUAUUUUAGCAUGUGCGCUCAGUUUUUCCCGUUUGUUACAUUCACAUUCAAGAGAGCACGUAACUCGUCGAAACCACAUGCCAUACCAAUAUGGGAGUUCAAACGUGGCAGAUAAAACAUGUGUGCCAGCUCUCGUUUUCACAUGCUCGUACAUUCUCUUCCCAUGGUGUGGUGAUUCCUAACCACGUUUACUAAUAUUCCAAUGUUGUCCUGCAGCAAUCCAAUGAAGUGCAAAAGAAAAGUGAACAAAAUUAUAACCAAAAUAUAUAAAUAUGUACUAACCCUUAUUACCGAAAACUCCCAAAAUCAACACAUACAUUACGUAUUUAUAAACAUUUCAAACUUGAACACAUAUUGCGGAAAGAGAGAGGCCAGAUAUUUUAUGUUUUAAAUAACGGAUUGGCUACUAGUGUUAAUUUUGGCGUCGAGACGCUAACAACGUCGCCGGGUGCGAGUGAAAAUAAAUUAGAACGUAAAUAUAUUUCGAUCACAAUUUUCGUCAGUGUAGUGCCUGCUAAUUCAAAAAUUGAGGAAAAAAGUAUGAAUCAUGUUCAUUAAACGGGCGAUCGGAUAACCUAGCGAGCGAUAACUGUCAUUUUGUCAGAAGUGAAACCAGUGCAUGUGUGAAAAAUGUUGAGGAGAAUUUACUUUAGGCAGUUGCUAGUCAUUAUUUUGGCUGCACUGGCGUGAGUUGGAGCAUUUUUGCCGUCGAAUAGUGCCUGAAAAAUAGUGCCAUUACAGUGACUGAAAAAUAUAAAUAAGAUUUAACCACUGUUAAAAUCGAAAAUAGGCUUAUUGUCGAUCUUUACGAAAUAGUGAAAAGUUUAGUUGCAAAGAACAAUAGUUGUACACAGUUGUCCCAAAGUGAAUCUACAGGAAAAAAAAAAUGUUAAGCAUACAAUAUCAAGCUUGGAAAAAUUUGGUGGUGUAGUUUCACAUGUAGUGAAUAAUGAGAACUUAUCGUGCGUUAACAUUCUCUCUGACCCAUUCAAGUCAAGACCUAUUUUUUAUAAUAUGGUAUAAACUGGUGAAGUAUUUUGAAAAAAAAAAAACAUUGGCUUGCUUAAGUUAAAAGUGGUAGCUAAUUGAAGAAUUUACUUACAUUGAACCAAAAACAAUGUUGGAUAUAUUUCGUGGUCUGAAAAGUUUAGUCAAAAUUAGUCAUGUAAACACCGAUUCUCCCGUUUUCCGGUUGCACUACUCCAUAACCGUGAUGAUAUUGAUGUCAUUUUCAUUGAUUGUGACCACGAAGCAAUAUGUUGGCAAUCCUAUCGACUGUGUUCACACUAAAGACAUACCAGAGGAAGUACUAAACACUUACUGCUGGAUACACUCAACCUACGCUUUGAAAAGCCUUUUCCUAAAAAAGGUUGGCAGUGAAGUUCCUUACCCCGGCGUUGGAAACUCUGAUGGCAAGAGUUUGGACAAAAAGAUUUAUAAGUACUACCAAUGGGUGUGUUUCUGUCUGUUUUUUCAGGCAAUUUUGUUUUAUACACCACGAUGGCUUUGGAAAUCUUGGGAAGGAGGAAAGAUACACGCACUGAUGAUGGACCUUGAUAUUGGCAUAUGCUCAGAAAUCGAAAAGAAGCAAAAGAAAAAAUUACUUCUCGAUUAUUUGUGGGAUAACUUGAGGUAUCACAACUGGUGGGCUUACAGGUACUAUAUAUGUGAAUUAUUGUCACUGAUCAAUGUGAUAGGCCAAAUGUUUUUGAUGAACCGAUUUUUUGACGGUGAGUUCAUGACGUUUGGUUUAGACGUGAUAGCACAUAUGGAAGCAGAUCAAGAAGAUCGCAUGGAUCCAAUGAUUUACAUAUUUCCCAGAAUGACCAAAUGCACAUUCUACAAGUAUGGUGUCAGCGGAGAAGUCGAACGACAUGACGCUAUAUGCAUUCUUCCACUAAACGUUGUUAACGAAAAAAUUUACAUCUUUCUUUGGUUCUGGUUCAUUAUUCUUACGAUACUGACAACGUUAACAAUAUUUUACAGAAUAAUUAUAAUUUUUUCGCCUCGAAUGCGAGUGUAUUUAUUAAGGUUAAGGUUUAGGUAUUGUAUAUGGCUUUUUCAAGUCAACUGGGAACGACCAUCAUUGAUUUGUACCUAACUUGUUGAUUGAUGGAACUCAACAAGGGUUUGAAACUAAGCUGCAAAAUGUGUAGUGAAGUUGUAGAGUACAGUAGAAUUGAUCACUCAAUUGGAUCCUACUGCGCCCGGGUCCCUCACAGACCGUUAUUAUGAAAAAAAAAAAACUUCAGUGACUGAUGCCUUCCUCCUAAAAUCAUUUGAAAAUCCCGAUUUAAUCCCACCUGGGGUGAGAAAGAGCCUUUCUUACUAAAAAAUAUAACAAUGGUAGAACUUUUUCCAAUUCAUAACAUCGACUUUGUUUAUUUAUAACGUCAGCACAAAGAAAGUCUUAUGAUGAAAGCAAUGUAUUAUAAAUGAUAUGGUUUCCAAAAGAAAUAAAAAACACAAUUUUCACCAAAAGAAUAUUUCUCGAUUAAAUUUUCAAAAGGCCCUAUCUGCAUAGGAAACCCAUGAGGGAUAGGUUGUUUUGAAAAUUUAAUCUAGAAUUUUCAAUCGUACAAUAUGUUUGUACGUUUGUAAUCAAACAAGCGUUUAUGGCAAACGUGAUCAUAGCAAGCUUCCUAUGCGCCAGUGACAACGCAAAACGCGGUUUUGGUUUUCUAGCUUCGGUACGAGUCCUUUUGUGUGUUGGUAUUUUGGUUCAUCGUUCCAGCGCACCAAGCCAAGCAAAACCGAGGUACAAGUGAACCGCGUGUGCCGCACGGUGCAGGGAAGCUAGUCAUUCUGCUUCUACGAAAGUGACAGAGUCAGAGAUAGCUAUUUUUAACAACCGCACCACUACACACUCAAUCGCGAGAACCUUAGGUAGAAAGCCAUUGGCGUCGCCAGCAUUGAAAACUUAGAAAACGAUAUAAACGAUGAAAAGCUUAGAAAGCUCCUAUUGGAAUCCAACGAACCCUGUUAAAUAAACGUAAGAAAAUGAAGUCUACAUUUAGGCAAUUUUAGGAGCGCACGGGAAACAAAUUGAUUGUAGCCGGAUGAAUGUCCUAUGUCACAAAAGUUUUUGCAUAAACAUUGGACAGUUAUGCAAAAACGGACAGGGCAAAAGAAACCGAAAAGCUGCGAUAUCUUACAUGUUGUAGGAAACAUCAAACUACAAAACGAGUAUAAGUCGAGCCACAAAAUAUAUGCGCCAGCAUUCUCGCGCCAGUAUUCGAAGCUCAACUUGACAACUUAUCGACUUAGCGACGAAGCGUCGAAAAUCGAUGCAGUGUGAUUUUUUGGCGAUUUUUCCGCUUAAAAUUCAUGCUGAAUCGACAUAUUUACAAAGGUGAAAAUGACGUCCAGCCUUAAAGUAAAACCUAUACCUUUCUUUAGUAAGAAAGGCAAAAAGUAAAUCGUUCUAAAAAUUGAUCGGGAUUGCCUAUAGAUGUCGAAUUUGUUUCAGAUGCUCACUCAUGGUCUAUACUAUGAAUGUAGAAAGAAAUUUCGAAUAAAAUCAGAAAUGAAAAGUGUUUGCGAAGGUCACCAGGUGGGCUUUUACCUUUUUUAGGGUUUUUUUUUCUUAUGGUAGGUUAAUCAAACGGCUCUAAUUCCAGAACCAUAUUAUGAAUCUGGAUGAAAAUUUGGGAGGUUGUAGAGCUCGAAAAAUGCAAUUAUUGAGAUAAAUAAAAGAUAUGAAAAUGAAAAAAUUUGACCAUAUUUUCAUUUGAAAACUGUGUAUUUUGUUGAAAAGUCUGGCCGCAUCCGAAAACAGAUGGAUUUGCGAAAUUUGCGCGGAAACUCGCCCAGGUUCAGCACACUAGCUUUGAUCUGCAUUCAGAAGAAUUGAAAUCGGAUAUAUGGGAGCUGAGAACGACGCGACACAAAAUUUUGCAAAAUUUUACCACAUACGAACAUCACUCGACCUCCACGGAAUUUAUUUUCUCAAAAUUCGAGGGUUGGAGAUAGACGAGUUCUGUCAAGGUGAAUCGAUAGAGCGUCGAAAAUCGAUGCAGUGUGAUUUUUUGGCGAUUUUUCCGCUUAAAAUUCAUGCUGAAUCGACAUAUUUACGAAGAUGAAAAUGACGUCCAGCCUUAAAGUAAAACCUAUACCUUUCUUUAUACCUUCCCAAGUGACCACGCGUCCAACAUCGACCUUCAACAAAUCUGCUCAUAUUUGGCAUGGGGGUCGUUUUUGCCCCAAAAACAAAGAAUCCCAAGCUUGGUGAAUUUGGUCCGACCCCGCGCCCGUGGACCCUCCUCUUUUUCUGAGAUUUUUGAAAAACCUCCUUUUUAAAAAUGCGUUUUACUAAGAGAAAAGUUAACAAAAAGUCAACUUUUGGGUAUGCACAUUUGAAGAUUUUUUAACGUAGAAUCGAAUGGCGUACUCAAACUUUUCGUACAGUGUUGCCAGAUAUGAUUUUUUUUAAGUUUUGUCACUCGGCAGGACUUGGCGUGAACCACGCCAAGUCCUGCCAAGACGGGGGUUCAAAUACAUAAGUUACGGAAAUUGCUUUCCGCACAAUUGAUAGACGCCACAAUAAAAUCAGAACGUUUUGGACAGUCUAACUAAACACAUCGGCGUAUUUAUUUUCGUGAAUCUCCCCUCCGAUCAUGGAACCUUUAUAACUGGCGCAGUCGAGUCUUCGUCGGAAGGUGACUGUGCCCAGUGAUUCAAGUGGUCGUUCGCGAAAAUCUCGGUAGUGAGACCGAAAGGGCAAGUUAAUGCGAAAAACUCCGCAGUAGUUCAUUAGCAGAAAAUCGUCACCAACGGCUCUGGAGAUCAGGAGUGAACAGCCAAGAAGAAGCAGCCACCGACCGAAGAAGACGAACCAACGUUAUCCGCUGGAUACUUCGGCAAGAGGCAUCGUGUGCACAUCGCGAAAAAUUCGGAUCUGAGUUCAGGAGCGCAGCACGACGUGGACUUCAAAACCUGCUGACGAGGAGGACAAAGGAACAGCGUUACCCGGAUUUUCAACAAGCGUCAAAAUUUAAAGUGAAGAAAAAAUCUAAAUUCAAAAUUUAAAAAUACUUUUCCAAAUUUGAUAAGUUAAGCGAAUGUGUGAGUGAAAACAAAAUCAGAAAUUCAAAAAUCAUUUUAAUAAUAAUAAUAAUAAUAAAUAAAUAAUUCUGCAUGACCAAAUUAACUAAUUUGACAAAAGGAAAAAACAAGAUUCACAAUUGAUUCAAUUAUGUUCCAUCGGUGCGAGCGGAUGGUUGUGUUUGUUUACAAAGUGAAAAAACAGGAUUGUGCAUGCAAACAUAUUGAGUGAAGGGACGCGCUGGACGGGGGGAAAUCAUUCAAUUAUGUUCCAUCAGUGCGAGCGGAUAGUUGUGUUUGUUUACAAAGUGAAAAAACAGGAUUGUGCAUGCAAAAAUAUUGAGUGAAGGGACGCGCAGGACGAGGGGGAAUUAUUCAAUUAUGUUCCAUCAGUGCGAGCGGAUGGUCGUGUUUGUUAACGAAGUGGAAAAAAAUAGGAUUGUGCAUGCAAAUAUUGAGUGAAGGGACGCGCUGGACGGGGGGGAAUCGUUCAAUUAUGUUCCAUCAGAGUGAGCGGAUGGUCGUGUUUGUUUACAAAGUGAAAAAAACAGGAUUGGGCAGAGUCCGAUUUGCGAUGCCUUUCCGUCAGGUCGAAAGAUUUUUCGUGUCCGUCGCAGUUUGUUUUCGUUUUUUCCGCGUGCAUGUGUGUGUUAAGGUGCGGCUGGCUCUGGUUGUCCCGAUCACAGCUAGCCAGUCCGAUUUGCGAUCCCUUUCCGUCGGGUCGCAAGAUUUUUCGUGUCCGUCGCGGCGUGCAACAACAACAAAACCCUAUCAUACCAUUUCAUCUCGAUAAACAUCGUAACUCGUCGUUCGCAACGUUAAUCAGUACCUCACUAAACAUCAAUCAUUUAAAACUCGUGAAAUCAUCUCAAUAGACCAUUUCAUUUAAAAUUUGACAACCGAUAAACGGGAAAUGUCUCAUCCGCAGCAUCCGAUUGUUUGCCUUGAGAAUAAUAUAUAACAUCUUUCAACAAACACUAUGAUUUUGGGUCGCAUCAUCAUCUUCUAUGAUGAAUCCUGACCAAACACCCUAUCCUACUAACAAGUUUUCAGGUUCCUGGCGCUCGUGCGGUGUAAGCACAGAGUAAAUCAGCUGCCCUUGUAGCAACCUGCGCUAACUAACAUUCCCGUCCAUUAAAAUCGAGAUCUACAAACUGACAUGGCGGGCGCCGUUGGUGGCCAAUGACCGUUACCUAUUCGCAAUUGAUCUAGCUUUAGCAAUCAUGGUAUUUUAUCUUUUCAGCGCAUUCAUACAUGCUGUUGAUAAGGGAAACACUACUAGAUCGUCUCAAAAGGAAAAAAAAAAUUCAAAAUUUAUGUUUGCCUUUCUUACAAAAUAAAGGUUUAAGGUUUGCUUUUGGAAAAACGCUUUUCGCAGAAAUCUUUAAAAAAUCGUGCACGGCGGGGAAUCGUCCCAGAAAAAAUCCUAUUACUAAUUUGAUGGAUUUGAUGCGCUCUUUCGAUUUAAUUUUGGCCCGAAACCCGGAACUCAAAGCCUGAUUUUUGAGAGCUCUUUUUCUGAAAUACUUGUGCGAUGUCUGUAUCCGCUCUUUAAAAUUUGUGUCUUCCAUCAUUGGAAAACCACUCCAUUUUUUUUAUUUCAGAUUUGUAGCCGUGGGUUCGGAGGCGAACAUUUUAUAUUUCGAUUCACAAUUUUCGACCAGUAAACUGCCGUUUUACGCAUAAUUGUCCCAUGUUCAAAAAUGUGCAACUGAGAAAAAAGCGAUUGAAGUUUUUCGACCGUUUUUUAUGUUUUUACGCAUAAUUGUCCCGUGGGUCCCAAUUCACCCCAUAAGUCCCUAAUCAUCCCAGAAAGCAGUUUAUCAAACUAAUUUGUAAUCCUCUUGCUAUACUAUAGGUAAUCAAGUCCUAAUACUUAGUUAAACUGGUGAUUUCGUGAAAGAAAAUUCUUGGUGGGACAAUUAUGCGUAGAAGUACAACGAUGGGACAAACAAACUUGAUGUUGUUUUCAAUGAGUUUCUGAACAAAGUAAUAGAUUUUAUGUGUUUUUCGAAAAGUACACGUCAAACUAAAACUAAACAUGACCAAAAGUCAGAAUCGACCAAAAAUGACAUGGGACAAUUAUGCGUAGAACGGUAGUAAAUGAGGUCAAAGACAUUUUUAGAAGUAUUUUGUGGAUUCAUUGUUGACACCAGGUUAACUGACAUUUCACUAGUUUUUUAACAUUCCAACGAUAGAUCAACGAUAGAUUUGAUCAAAUCUAUUUUCUUUGCGAUCAAAAACAUCGUUCCAAGUUUUUUUUUACGCGCUGGUCCCGCGGAAUUUUGGGCGAUUUUUUUGAAACGCUCAAAAUGCGCAAAUUGAAUCGAGUUCUGCCAAUUUCUAGGAUCAUUUAGAAAUUCUUACAAAUCAAAAAAUAAAAAUGAAUCGUCCAGAUUGAUUGAAGUAUGCACUAGAAACAGCGAGUAGAAGUUGCCGUUGGACGUCCGUGUAAGUUUGGAUUGCGUUGGGUGUUCCAGUGUUAACAUAAAGCUUUAAAUUGUUAAAAUUGUUAAUCAAAUUAAAAUGCUCAAUAAUUUUCUAUUAAGCUUUCAAAAAAUUAAAACCGGAAAAAACACAAAAAGGGUCAAUUUUGCAAUAAUCAUUUAAUUUUAUUUUUAUAGCAACCAAUAAUUUAAUUUUUCUAUUUUUGCUUUACAUAUAUUUGUUCAUUUAAAAAUACAAUUUGUUCAAAAAGUCUUGAAAUGGUUUUAUUUUUUUCAAUAAAUCUUUAGAAGUAUUUUUUAAAUUAUUUUAUAAAUUAUUGAUUCCGGAAAGAUUCAGAACUCAAUAAUGUCUGUGAAUGUUUAUCGAAAUGUUAUUUAUUUAUUGUGCAAAUAUUUUUUUAUGCAUGGUUUACCAUAAAAAAAUCAGAAUUAAAAAAAAUGCUGUUAACACAGAAUCCAAAUACUUGAGACAUUUUUCCUCGAAUUUUCCUUGAAAAGCGUUCAUUAGUUUCAUUCCUAUUUUAUUUAAUUUUGCUGAAACAUUAUAGAAUCUUUUCGAGGACCAGAAAAGUUAAAAGUAUUGGUGAGGGAAGUUUAGAAAAAUGUUUUCGCUUUUUAAAAAGCAUAUUUUUCAAAAUUAAAAUAUGACUGAAACUCAUUUCUGAUUUUCAAGGAAAAUUCGAGGAAAUGUCAAGUAUUUUUUUCAGUGUUAACUGCCAUGUUUUGUAUUCUAAUUCUAAUCAUACAUCAAACAUAUUUGCACAAUUUAAAACAAAACAAACAUAUCGAUUAACAUUUAAAGACAUUUACGAGUUCUGAAUCUUUUUUGAUUUUUUUUUUUAUUUUAUGAAAUGAUUUAAAAAACUUGUUUAAGUUUUUUUUAUCAAGCUGUAUUUUUUUAAAGAAACUUUUAUAAUGGAUUUAAAUUCUAGAACAGAAUGUUGAAAAAAUCACUGAUUUUUUAAAAAAUAUUUCAGAGUUAUCAGAAAACAUGUUUUAUGUUCUUAAGACUGAAGAAUCUACCUUUCAAUAUUUGUCAAUAUAUCAAUAUUGCCUUGACUUGAAAACACUCACAAAAAGAAUAGAGUCAACUUAGUUUUAUUGCUCUCCUUAGGUAAUGAAUGGAUUUUCAUUUCAUAAUUCACAGAUUUUCAAAUGAACAAAUAAAUAUAUAUUGAAUAUUUAAAGCAAAUAAAAUAUUUUAUUGAAAAUUAUUGGUUGAAAUAAAAAUAAUAUUCAAUGAUAAUUGAAAAAUUUAACCUGUUUGUGUUUUUUAAAAGCUUAAUAGGAAAUCAUUGAACUUUUUUAUUUGUUAAACAAAUUUUACAAUACAAAGCUUUAUUGUAACACUGGAACACCCAACACAUGUCAAACAACUUAGAUCAUUUCUCGAUUAAAUUUUCAAAAGGUCCUAUCUGCAUAGGAAACUCAUGAGGGAUAGGUUGUUUUGAAAAUUUAAUCUAGAUUUUAUUUAUUUAAUUUCAGAAAAAUAAGUAAAUUUUUCAUUUUCCUAGAGAGUGCCCAUUUAUGGAAACACUUGUAGAAUUUGAAAAAGAUCAGAAAAAUCAUAGCUGAGAUAUAAACGAAACUAUUGGCCCUACGCCCCCCGGGGCAUGGCCUUCCUCUAACGUGGGAUUUCUGCUCCAGCGCCUCUGACGAGACAGGAGAAACCGGGACCGACGUUUUACUUCACCAUCCGAUAGAAGCUCAGUGGAUAAGGCGGGAAUCGAACCCGCGUCUCAUAGCAUCAUCGGGAUCGGCAGCCGAAGCCGCUACCCCUGCGCCACGAGACCGAGCUGAGAUAUAACAUUGCUAACAAAAAACAUUGAGAAAAAACGUCUAUUGAUACCCAAUGCCCUACCUUUGUUAUUUUGAAUUUUAAAAUUUAAAAAAUCUUAAAUAAGAGAAUUUCAUAUCUUUUCAAAUCAACAAAAAUGUACAUACUUGGCACUACUUUAAAAAAAACAUCCGUUGGCCCUUUAUAGCCUUUAACUUUAAAAAAUGCCUUUUAGUUCAUUUCCAAAAACUUCAGAAUAGGUAAUUUUACUGAUAAGUACAUAUAAUUAUUUUGAAAAUAAAAUCAAAAAAAUGCUUUUGGAAUUGCUAUGAGAACGUCCUAAUAUAUAUUUUUAAUUCGCAUUUUGUAUCAUUUUUUGUCUAUCUCUUUCAUAAAAUCAAAAGUUGUGUUUUUGAUUAUCUAAAACUUACUAUAAUCUAAAACAAAAAAACUAAUCCCAACACAAGGAUUUUCAUAUAUUCUAGAAGCACGGCAACAAUACGAAAUAUCAAAAUGGUUUUUGUGACGAGUAAUUUAAUGUUUCGUUAAGGGGUUACAUACAUGUUAAUCGACAAAAAUGUAAGAGGUUUGUUUCGGCACACACAUAAACUUUUUUUAAAUCUGUUUUAAGGGCAUUAAAAUUUAUAUUUUCAACUAUUAUCAAAAUAAAUUUAAAGAUAUUUGGUUGUAUCAUUGCCGAGAUUAAGCCAUUUUAAGUUAGCAGUUUCAAAAAACGGGUGCCACGAUAUCUGCACACUGCUUUGACCAAAUCGGCUCAAAAUUUUAGUGAAACCUCGUUAAACCGGUCCAGUGUGCAUGACGAAGCCCGAUUUUCAAAAAGUUUGUAAAAAUAUGUUUAUGUUUUCCAUAUAAAAAAUCGCCAGUUUUUGAUUUUUGUACUUUUUUAAAAAGCAAGAUUUCAAAAUCGGGCUUCGUCAUGCACACGGGAUAUGUCUUGCAAGUCUUCAUCUCAAAUUUUAGCCAAUUUGAUCCAUCCCAUCUCGAGAUAUCGUGGCACCCGUAAAUCAACUCGGUGUUCAGAGAAAAACGCUCACAAAGUUCGACAGUUCGCUUUGCGCAUGGCAAAAUUUUGAACGUAAACCGUCUCUUACUCAGUUUAAUCAUGAAAUAUCUUCAUGAAACUUUCAGGAGUGAUUGAAAAUCAUCUUUUAAGUGGAUUUAUUAAAUUUUCUGAAUUAUGAAAUUUUUGAUUUUCUACAUGUAUGUAACCCCUUAAUUCAUAUUUUUAAUUGAUCAUAAUUUGGGAUAUUUGUUCAAAUAUCCAACGUUUUUGGCAUGGGUGCUUUUCAAAGUUUAUUUCAUUUAUAAUAGAGUUUAAAUAGCUUGUUGUGCACUCUUGCCGAGUCUUACUCUACUUAUAAUUUUUGUAUGGACAGUUGAUAAAAUUAUAUAGAGACUUGCAAAGGCGAACCAACAAAUGUCCCGCGGGCUGGUCUGUAACCGACUGUUACAAUUUCCUCAGGUUUUCUUCUUUUUAAUGUGUAAAUGUUAUUUGUACCAGUAUUUUCUAUGGUCAUUUGUGUUACAGGUUAGUAGGGUUUAGCUUUUGAAAGCAAUAUAUAUACAUCAAUUUAACAAACAAAUAAAUAAAUAAAUAAAUAAAUAUUGUUAAAAGUAGAUUAGUAGGGUAGAGUCAUGCAGGAGAUUACUAUUUUUUUAAGUUUAUUGUUUAUUCGUCAAGCUUAUGUAGACUACUUACAAUUUUCUUACAUACUAGAUAUUAUUUCUAUUGUACAGAUUUUUUCGUAGUUCCGGUUUAGACAUGUCGAAAUGUAUGUACUGUGAAUUUUCAUUAUAAAAGCGCAUCAUUUGAUUUAAUGGCGAUUUUUUUAAAUAUGGCAUAGUAUGGAUUCCAGACGAUACUACAGUAUUCCAAAAGUGGUCUGACAUACGUUAUAUCAGCAAUUCCCCACGAAAACAGCAUGGAAAAAAACAAAAGUGCUCGGAUCGGGCUCAAAAUUUUUCUGGGGGUUCCCUGGCCGAAAUAAUUAGACCCGUAUUUUUUGUUUGACCAUUAGGGUGACCUACGCCAUGUGAGGGUGGUCUGAAAAAUGGCCAUUUUCGUCGAUUUUCGCAAAAACCACUUUUUUCAAAAAACCAUAUCUCCGCGCCAUUUCAUCCGAUUUUAGCUGUCCUAUACGCAAAAGAAAGGUGAUUAGUUUGGCUAUUUGGGAAAAUAGUAAGAAGUUUCGAAAAUCUAGCUUAACAUUUGAAAAGGUCAUAUGAAAACUUAAAAUGCUGUUUUGAAGGUCUCGGGACCAAAGAGCCUAUGUCUGAAAAUAUUUUUAUCGGAUUCCUCGGAAAAUUUCACAUAACAUAUCAAAAAAUUGUGAAGUUAUGUUUUCGAUACUCUGAGAUACGAUUUUUUGAAAAUAAAAACUGUGUUUUUCGACGAAACACGCGCAAAAAUUGGAAAAUGACGAAAACGGGGAAAAAUCGACUUUUUUCACUAAAACUGCGAUAACUUUAAAAUUUUAGCGAUGACUUAUAGAUGUUAUGGUACCAAAAGUUGCGUCUUUUAAUUACGAAAAUUUUAGUACCCUAACAUGUAUAGUAGGGUGGUCCAAAUCUGGACUUUUUUGGGGCUACCCUCUGAAAUCAAAGAUUGACCCAUCACUAGGCUAAAUUCCAAAUUUGAGCUCAUUCUGACCACGGGAACCCCUCCAAUCGCUUAAAGUUUGUAUGGGAAAAAUCGUCAAAAUGUAUGGAGAAAAGCAACUGUUUUACUUUUUUACCUGUGGAAGGCGCCAUAGUUAUCCGAUGCUUACCAUUUCUCAAAUGUAGAACCUUUAUUAUAUUUAGAACAACUUUCCCGAAGACACCAUAUUUUUAGGAUUUUUUCCCGCGAAGUUAUUAGCGCCCAAAACUGACCAUUUUUGCGCGGCCAGCUGUAAGGGGCUACCUAACAACGAUGUUUAAUUCCAAUUCGAACACGCACGUGCUCUCUCUCAGGUUCAAACUCUCUCACGAGCUUGCUCGCCUGCCUGCCUGCCUGCCUGUUUACCAACAAGCGCGCGCUGUUUCUCUGCUUGGACUUUUGUCGUCGUCGUCGUUUUCGUUUGAUAUCUGCUGCGCUGCGUUCCUGGCAUGUUUAUUAUUAUUUUCAACUAAAAUAGCAGGUUUGUUUUGAGAUAUAUUUAGCAUAUAAAUUCUUAGAUUAUGUCAAAAUUGAAAAAAGUGCACUAAAAAAAAUAAUUUGAAUAAAAGACUUAGGCCUUGGCUUAGCCUCGUUUAAAAAAAUGAAGCAAAUGAACAGGAUUUGUUCGUUUUUCCAAGCAUUACAAGCAGUUGUUCGUAUAUGCUCAUUAGAGAGAAUGAUUCAAUCUUCAGGUAAUACAAAUUUUGUCUAAAUAUCAUCCGACCAACUGCUUGUCCAUUCGAAGGCGAUUUGAUUACAGAUUUCAAACUAGCUAGCUCAACAAUCUCUAUUUUUGAGGCUUUUCUUUUAGACAUCGUUGCACUUUUUGGAUGUUUCGGAAUCGUAAACUUCUAAUAAUCGUCAUAGGCAAAAUAUACCGCAAUUUGUUGUAAUGAAGUUUUUUUUUAUAUUUUCGACAGAUUAAAAUAUUUUGUAUAGAAUGAAAAAUAAUCGUGAUCAUAGGGCUACGAAAAAACUUCAAAUGUUUUCUUUUUAAGCUUGUUUGAUAGUAUACAAAAGUGGAAAAAACAGUUCCCAAAAUCGAUGAAUUGUCUAAGUGUAUUGUUCUUCCUGAAAUCUAUACUUGACCAAGUUAAAAAAAAGUCUUAUAUUUUUUCUAGAAGAGUUAAAAUCCCAGUCUUGAGUUUGGUAUGAUACCAAAACUAGAAAUAAAUUUCAAUUACAUAACAUAACAGAUGACAAUUCAUGGAGGAACUAAUUUAUCGAAAUUUGUAUUCUCUCACACACGCUCUGAUAAUAUGAUAUCUAUUGUUAAACACAUAUUACAUUUAAUUUUAUAUCUCGAAAUAAAUAUCGAAAUAUAUCUUGAAAAUUUUAAUAACCAUGGCAAACGAAAACGACGACGACGACAAAAGUCCAAGCAGAGAAACAGCACGCGCUUGUAGGUAAACAGGCAGGCAGGCAGGCAGGCGAGCAAGCUCGUGAGAGAGUUUGAACCAGAGAGAGAGCACGUGCGUGUACGAAUUGGAAUUAAACAUCGUUGUUAGGUAGCCCCUUACAGCUGGCCGCGCAAAAAUGGUCAGUUUUGGGCGCUAAUAACUUCGCGGGAAAAAAUCCUAAAAAUAUGGUGUCUUCGGGAAAGUUGUUCUAAAUAUAAUGAAGGUUCUACAUUUGAGAAAUGGUAAGCAUCGGAUAACUAUGGCGCCUUCCACAGGUAAAAAAGUAAAACAGUUGCUUUUCUCCAUACAUUUUGACGAUUUUUCCCAUACAAACUUUAAGCGAUUGGAGGGAGGGGUUCCCGUGGUCAGAAUGAGCUCAAAUUUGGAAUUUAGCCUAGUGAUGGGUCAAUCUUUGAUUUCAGAGGGUAGCCCCAAAAAAGUCCAGAUUUGGACCACCCUAAUGUAUAGGUCAUCGCUGAAAUUUUAAUUUCGCAGUUUUAGUGAAAAAAGUCGAUUUUUUCCCGUUUUCGUCAUUUUCCCAUUUUUGCGCGUGGCGCGUCGAAAAAUCCAGUUUUUAUUUUCAAAAAAUCGUAUCUCAGAGUAUCGAAAACACAUAACUUCACCAUUUUUUGAUAUGUUAUGUGAAAUUUUCCGAGGAAUCCGAUAAAAAUAUUUUCAGACAUAGGCUCUUUGGUCCCGAGACCUUCAAAACAGCAUUUUAAGUUUUCAUACGACCUUUUCAAAUGUUAAGCUAGAUUUUUGAAACUUCUUACUAUUUUUCCCAAACAGCCAAACCAAUAACCUUUCUUUUGCGUCUAGGACAGCUAAAAUCGGACGAAUGGCGCGGAGAUAUGACUUUUUGAAAAAAGUGGUUUUUUGCGAAAAUCGACGAAAAUUGCCAUUUUUCGAACCACUCUAACACGGCGUAAGUCACCCUAAUGGCCAAACAAAAAAAUACAUGUCCAAUUAUUUCGGCCAAGGAUCCCCCAGAAAAAAAUUGAGCUCGAUCGGAAAACUUUUUUUUCGAAUCAUGCUGUUUUCGUGGGGAAUUGCUGUAUAUAUAUAAAAAAUUUCGCCGGUUUUGUUCGAACGCGAAUCAGUUCAAUACGGAGCGUCGGAUCGAGGUGCUUUUUGUUUUGGAUACCAAAAUUUUCGUUAUUAAAAGACGCAACUUUUGGUACCAUAACAUCUAUAGGUCAUCGCUGAAAUUUUAAUUUCGCAGUUUUAGUGAAAAAAGUCGAUUUUUUCCCGUUUUCGUCAUUUUCCCAUUUUUGCGCGUGGCGCGUCGAAAAAUCCAGUUUUUAUUUUCAAAAAAUCGUAUCUCAGAGUAUCGAAAACACAUAACUUCACCAUUUUUUGAUAUGUUAUGUGAAAUUUUCCGAGGAAUCCGAUAAAAAUAUUUUCAGACAUAGGCUCUUUGGUCCCGAGACCUUCAAAACAGCAUUUUAAGUUUUCAUACGACCUUUUCAAAUGUUAAGCUAGAUUUUUGAAACUUCUUACUAUUUUUCCCAAACAGCCAAACCAAUAACCUUUCUUUUGCGUCUAGGACAGCUAAAAUCGGACGAAAUGGCGCGGAGAUAUGACUUUUUGAAAAAAGUGGUUUUUUGCGAAAAUCGACGAAAAUUGCCAUUUUUCGAACCACCCUAACACGGCGUAGGUCACCCUAAUGGCCAAACAAAAAAAUACAUGUCCAAUUAUUUCGGCCAAGGAUCCCCCAGAAAAAAAUUGAGCUCGAUCGGAGAACUUUUUUUUCGAAUCAUGCUGUUUUCGUGGGGAAUUGCUGUAUAUAUAAUAGAGUGUAACAAAAAUGACUUUUUGGCGGGCAUUCAAGGGUAUGUUCCGGUGGGCAUACUAAGCUCAAAUCCAAAAUAUGAGCUUGAUUGGACGUAACAGGAGUUGGCGCUCCGCCCUUCAAUUUUAAAUGGGAUUUAACCCGCAAAAAAAGAUUUUUCAAAAAUGUCGCUUUUUGAGGCAUUUUGGCCACUGAAGCGUUUAUUUCCAACAUCAUUGGCGUGCAGGCCAGAUCCUUGCGCAUCUGUUGGUGUAUAUAACAUUGAAAUUUGGAGCACCCUGGAGCUCGGUACAGACCUUCAAAGUUUGGCAAUUUUUCGAAAAAUCGUCCCCGGCAAAAAAGAUACGCGUCGCGCCUCGCGACGCCCUAGACGCCAUUUGAUUUUGCUGGGGGCGAUUUUUCGAAAAAAAUGCCAAAAUUUGAAGGUCUGUACCGAGCUUCAGGGUGCUCCAAAUUUCAAUGUUAACCGGGACCGUGGUAUAGGGGUAAGCGUGAUUGCCUCUCACCCAGUCGGCCUGGGUUCGGUGCAUUUUUCGAGACGAGAUUUGUCUGAUCACGCCUUCCGUCGGACGGGAAGUAAAUGUUGGCCCCGGACUAACCUAAAAAAAAGGUUAGGUCGUUAGCUCAUUCCAGGUGUAGGAGUCGUCUCCCUGGGUCCUGUCUCGGUGGAUUCGCUGGUAGGCAGUUGGACUAACAAUCCAAAGGUCGUCAGUUCGAAUCCCGGGGUGGAUGGAAGCUUAGGUGUAAAAAGAGGUUUGCAAUUGCCUCAACAAUCAAGCCUUCGGACACCUAGUUUCGAGUAGGAAUCUCGCAAUCGAGAACGCCAAGGCAAUGCUGUAGAGCGAAUAAUUUGAUUUUUUUUUAUACACCAAAAGAUGCGCAAGGAUCUGGCCUACACGCCAAUGAUGUUGUAGGUCACCCUAAUGGCCAAACAAAAAAAUACGGGUUUAAUUAUUUUGGCCUAGGAACCCUCAGAAAAAUUUUGAGCCCGAUCGUAGAACUUUUUUUUCGGUUUAGGCUCUUUUCAAAUGGAAUUGCUGUAUAUAUAUAGACGAUUCGUUGAUUGAAUUCUAAAAUUCAACUAAAUUGCUAAUAUUAUUGUUCACAAUGAUCAAGCUU